CUACUCCAGCUACUGCGGUGUCUCUCGACAACGCUCGUGUCACCUGUUCCGUUUCAGCCCCGUUCCCUCCUUUUCCCUUUUUUCCCCUCGAUAACGAGUGCCAUAUACACAACAGCCUAGGUCAGUUUUCACCAGCAACAUGUUUCUUGGCCUGUCAGCGAUCGUCAUCAAACUAUUGAAACUCGCCAAAACCAUGGCACAAGUCGGCAUUACUUUGGGUGUUUUGGCUCUCGUUGGCUUGUACACAUACCAGAGCUCACUUAUCUAUCCAGCAUCACUCAAUGACGGACAUGGCCAUUGUGCCACUCCCGACGAAUUUGACAUGCCCAACUACGAGUUGGUGCACUUGAAGACCGUCGAUGGCGAGACUUUGCAGUGCUACCUGUUGAAGCACCCCAAAAGCUCUCCCAACUACGCCAACAAGACUGUGUUGAUCCUCUCGCCCAAUGCUGGGAACAUCGGACAUGCGUUGCCAAUUGUGUCGAUUUUCUACAAGAACUUCGGCUACAACGUGUUCAUCUACUCGUAUCGUGGAUACGGAAGAUCCACAGGCAAGCCUUCGGAGAAUGGCCUUAAGUUGGAUGCUCAAAGGGUCAUGCAAUACUUGACAACCGAGGAUGAACAGUAUUCCCAAUCGUCCAUUAUCUUGUACGGCAGAUCGCUAGGAGGAGCAGUGAGCAUCUACAUUGCUGCCACAAUGUCAUCUCUGGUCCAUGCUUUGAUUUUGGAGAACACAUUCCUUUCCAUUAGAAAAACGGUGCCACACAUCUUCCCCUUUUUGAAAUACAUAACCCGCUUUGUCCACCAAAAAUGGGAGCUGGAGAGCUUGGUGCCGUUGAUUCCAGCCAAUAUUCCCGUGCUAUUGUUGAGCGCAAGAAAGGACGAAAUCGUCCCACCAGCACAUAUGGACACCAUCUUUUCAUUGCUACAAAGCGAAGAUAAAACCAUGUUUACAUUUGAGAAUUCCAUGCAUAAUGACACAGUUGUGCAGCCUGAUUACUGGGACAAGAUUCAGUCAUUCAUACAAAACAAGGUGAAUCCAGUGGGAUACUAGAGGGACUAUUUUCGUAAAUAAAUUGGCGUUAAUAUGUAUACAGUUAGGCAAGAAGAAGAGAAGUGAUCAUUCUCUA